AUAAUUUUUGAUAACAAAGCGUGAAACGGGAUGUCGAUACAAUACGAUUGUGAUCAGAUUGGUCUAUGUAGUCAAUGAAGACUGGUGCUUCAUAUAAGAAGAUAUAAAAAUAUAACAUCAUGAGUAUACAACAAAGCACAGAGUUAAUUAUUUUUGUGACCCAUGUUGAAGCGGAGGAUUCAUUCCUAAAAAUAUGGGGCCAGGUUGAUAAGAAUUCUGCAACAUGUGUAGAACGUAUGAUCUUACCCUUGGUCGAACAAUUCGCUCGAAGUCAGGGUUGUGUUGAAUCAAGAGCUGCUAAUCUACAUGUUAAUGCUCUUUGCUGUGCCAGAUUUCAAAAUGAAGGAUAUUACCGAGCAAAAGUAAUUAAUAUACGUCCAGAUGGUAUGGUAGUUCUGCAGUUCAUUGAUUAUGGUAACAUUGAAGUAUUACCGCCUCAAGAAAUUCAUUUGCUUGAAAAUAUACCUGGUUCUGAGUCUCUGCAGUCUUUUCCACCUGUAGCCUUUGAUUUUACAUUAAUGUAUGUGCUACCAGUAAAUGGAAUCUGGGAAAGUAAAAUAAUUGAGUUGAUUAAGAAAACUUUAUGGUACAAUGAAUAUAAAAUUUUGAUUCACACUGUGAUUAAUAAUCAUCGUUUUAUUAAACUUUGGUACAGUAAUGAGGAUUUCAGUGAAUUAUUAAUUAAAAGACACAUGGCAGUAGCAGCUACAUUACAAGAAAUGUUCAGGCCACCAAAAUGUAUGCAAGAACCUCAAAUACCAAUGUAUCAGCAAUCGGGCAAACAUCUCAUAAGUAAUAAUUGUACUUCAAUGACACAUGUGCCGAACAUAAAUCCAUUACAUUGUGAUGAAAAUAAUAUGCAUGGAUAUCAACGAAAUGUUCCUUUAUGUUGUGCAGCGCAACAAAAACACAUGAUGCAGUCAUCUGUUCAGGAGGCUCUUGUAUUUAAAUCACGAGUUUUAGAUGUACCAUCCAAACACGAAGUAUAUGUAUCUUUCGUAGAAGAUGGUCCACAUAAAUUUUCUGUGCAACUUCAAAGUACAUCUCAAAUAUUAAGUAUGCUUAUGAGGGAUAUUAAUAGUCAUUCUACAGAACCAUUGCAAGAACCUCCUUUACCUGGAUCAGUAUGCUUGGGUCGUUAUACACAAGAUAAAGUGUUAUGCAGAGCUGUUGUAAUGUCUGUAAUGGAAAAUAAGUGCAAACUUUACUAUGUUGAUUUUGGCCAUACAGAGGUGUUACCGUACACAGAUAUUUUCCAACUACCGCCUCAUUUUAUUAAUCCCAAAGUACUUUCUAUUCGAUUCACAUUAAGUGGCGUAAAAGAGUUAGAUGUCACAGACGAAAUGAAAGAAUAUUUUAAACAAAUUGUAUCAGGAAAGUUGCUUGUUUUACAUGUUUGUCCACCAGAAGGACCACCAUUGGUUCAAUAUGGAGAUUUAUAUGACGAUGGACAGAGUAUAAAGAAUAUUCUUAGACAAGCAUUUCCAACACCAAUGACACCUAUUACUUUUGGAUAUCAAGAACCAACAAAGUUAUUAAAAGGCGCUGAAGAAAUUAUACAUGUUUCUUUUGUGGAAUCUUGCAGAAAAUUUUUUGUACAACUAGAUAGCAACAGUGCAUCUCUUGAAUCAAUAAUGGACUGUCUAGCAGAAUUCUGUAAAAAUGCACCCUCCUUAAGCCUAUCACAAUUGAAGAUUGGUCUUCCUUGUGCUGCUUUGUACGAUAAUCAAUGGUACCGGGCACAAGUUCUGGGUGUAAAUAUGGAUAAUGUGAAGGUAUUAUAUGUUGACUAUGGUAAUGAGGAAACUGUCACCAUAAUGUCUCUACGUUUAAUGCAUGAUGAUUUAAUAAGACGAUUGGGAGCUCAAGCUAUAAAAUGUAUCCUAAAUGGUUGGGAACACUUGCCAUGCACUCAAGAAGUUUCUAAUCAGUUUGAAUCAUUGAUCUUGGAAAAACGUUUGCUUUUAAGAGUUACAGAUGUAAAAUCAGAUGGUCUAGUUGUAGAUUUAUAUGAACCUGAGAGAAAGCAAAGCAUUAAGUCUCAAAUGUUGCAUACUGUUGAAGACGAUACGAAAUUAAUAAAUACACCAACCUAUCAAAACAUAGAAAAUCAACAUACUGCUAAAAUAAGCCCAAAAAACAAUCAAAGUGAGAAUAUGAACACGUGGCAGGAAAAAGAUCAAAUUGAUUCAUGGAAUGAGCCACGGAAUACAAACACAGUUCAAGAAAGGUAUAAAUCCAAAUCUUGGAAAGAUGAAUCCAACGAAGAAAAAAUAUCUGAAAAUAGAAGUGAAAGAAGUAAUUUUCAUCGGAACGAUUCUCGAAAUGAAAGAUUCAGUAGAGACGAUUUUUCAAAUACUAGAAGUGCGAAGGAUAAAUGGAAUAAUAAGAAUGAGUAUAAUGAUUCACUUAGAAGUGAAAGAGGAAGAGGUGGCAGAGGUGGCAGAAACAAAACUUCCGGAUAUGGUUCAAAGAAUAACUCUUCUGAUCAAAAUUGGAGUGAUAAAGGUUCAGAUACAUCAUCUAAAGGCAGUACCAGCAGACGUGGGAGAGGCAGCGCAUCGCGUGGUGGUCAUUCUAAAGGUGAUGGAUUUUCUGGAAAAAUGCAAAGUAGUAGAUUCAGCGAUAGAGACAGUGAUGGAAGUGUCAAAGGUGGAAAGACAAACAGUAAAGACAGAAAAGGACAAGGGUACAGAUUAACUCAAAACAAGAUAAACUCUGUAAAUUCGAGUAAUUUCGAAGAAGGACGAAGAUACAGUCCUAUGCGAAGUAGACAUGAAUUCCAUAUUCCGUCUCCUGAUAUAGUUAUUGGAUCUACAAAGGCUUGUGAAGUAGUUUAUACAAAUAGUCCAUCUGACUUUUUUGUGCAGCUAAGUCCUGAUUACACUGCAUUAGAUUCUAUAAUGGAAAGCAUUGCAUCGAUAUAUGAAAAUGGUGGAGAAUUAGUAAAAGAGUCUAAGAUAUUUAAAGGUUUAUACUGUAUUGCUCAGUAUUCAGAAGAUUUGAGAUGGUACAGAGCUAUAGUGAAAUCUGUUGAAGGAAACAAUGCAACCGUUCAAUUCUUGGAUUACGGAAAUACAGAGACUAUCGAUUUUAGUAACAUAAAAGUCAUUCGAAAGGAGUUCUUAAAACUUCCAGUACAAGCUGUACACUGUAAACUCUUUGGUAUGAAAAACGUUACCUUAGAUACGAAUGAAACAAAGACUUUUGGAGAUAAAGUAAAUGGAAAAACAUUCAAAGCCGAAUUCAUUACCGAAGAAAAUGGUAUCUAUAGUGUGUUGUUACGAGAAAUUGUUGACGAUUGCCCAACAAAUACUUUCAUAAAUGAAGAAUUUUGUGAUGGCCUCGAUUUAUUGCAAGCGAAGGAAGCUGCAAUGUCUCAAAAUCAAAUCAGUACAAAUACCAAACAACUAAAAGAACUUGAUUAUGCGUCUUUGGAUGCUGUAUGGUCAAUAGCUACGCACACACCAGGAACUAAAAAGGAUGUGAUUGUUACAUGGUUUACAAAUCCUAAUAAUUUUUACUGUCAAGCCCUUGAUAAUGAAAAUGAAUUUAAGACUAUGAUGAAUAAAAUUCAAAGAACAUAUACUGGCAGAGAACCUGUAUCAUAUGGAUUAAAAGUCGGGUCACCUGUGAUAGCAUCUUUUUUUGAGGACAAAGCGCUCUAUCGUGCAGAAAUUAUAGAAUUAAAUAAAUUAAGUGGUCACCUCAUCCAUUAUGUGGAUUUUGGAAAUAGCGCUGUAGUGGAUCCUAGUAAUAUUUAUCCUGUAGAAAAGGAGUUUAUUCGUCUGCCGAAACAAGCUUUUCAGUGUUCACUGCUGAAUAUUAGCCCAAAAGAUGGUCUUAGUUGGUCUAAAGUAGAUACUGGAGCAAUCGAUAAUUGUUUCAAUGCUGAUAAAUAUGAAUGCACGUUCCAUGACAUAAAAGAUAAUAAAUAUUUAAUUUUGUUAAGUAAUAAUGGAAGCUAUGUAGCUGAUGUAUUGAUUGAACGAAAUCUUGCAUCAUGUGACUCAGCAACUAAAUCAGACAUUACAGAAGACAGUAAUACCACGGCAACAGAAACCCCAUAUAACGUUGAAAGAGUGGAUAUAAAUCUUUUAAGUGGUCAGAAACUUCGAGUAAAAGUAUCAAGUGUAGAAACAGUGUCCAAAUUUUAUGUUCAACUUCCUUCAGCAACUGAAUGUGACAAUAUGGUGAAUACAUAUAUGGCUGACAAAGAUCCUAAGGUGAUGCAACGAUUGUCAGCCCAUGAGAUAUGCCUAGGCACAGGUUGUUUGGUUUAUUCAAAUGGAGUUUGGAGACGAGCAGUAAUCGGUAACCAUUCACGAUCCACAGGCUUCGAUGUAAAAUUCAUUGAUACCGGAGCGUAUGAUGAAAUUCUCUCAGAUUGCGUGUUAGCAUUACCAGGACAGCUCGCAAUUAUGCAGAAUCAGGCAGUAGAGUGUUCUCUGAUAAACGCUAUAUCUUCGUCCGAAGUAGAUGUAAAAUUGAAGAAUUGCGUUGAAGGAAAGGAAGUAAUUAUGUAUGUUGAUGAGGUCGACAAUAAUAGGCUCAUCGUAAAGUUGUUUGAUUUGUCGGGUAACAAAAUUAACAUUUUUGAAGAAACUGAUGAGAAAAUAUCGCCAAUAUGUCCGAUGCCUGUCCUAAGUUCUACUCAUAAGGCAUUAGUAUCGUAUGCAGAUCAUUCUGCCAGCAUAUGGUUACAGCGUAACGCAGACUAUAUUCUGGAUAAAAACUUAAGUGAAACACUUAAUCAGUAUUAUUCAGCUUCUGGAAAAAUAAUCGAACCUGAAGUAGAUCUGUUGUGUGCUGCAAAAAGUGCCGAUGGUAACUGGUAUCGAGCGAAAGUCCUAAACUACACAGAAACGGAAGUUUGUGUACAUUUCAUUGAUUACGGCAAUAAUGAGGAAGUUACUCGUGACGUAGUAAUGGCUUUAGAUCUGCGUUUUUAUGUGCCACAUCAGUUAGCCAUCAACGUGUCGUUACCAAUAACUCUUACAUGUACGAUAUCUGAACAAUUAAACAUAUUGCAAGAUUGUUUGUCAAACAAGGAGCUUACAGCAGUUUUCCGCAAUGUAAACAAAAAGUGGAUAGUCGAAUUGUUACACGACGGCGAGAAAAUUAGUGAGAAAUUACAUGCUCUUAAUUUAGCGUCAGAACAAGAAGUGUCUGCAACGAAACAACCUGAUAUUCAUAAUAUGGAAGUUGGUUGCAUAUACGAUGUAUACAUACCGCAUAUAGAUUCUCCUAGUCAGUUCUGGCUUCAGUACGUAUCAGAUGCUACAAAUCUUUCCAAGAAGCAAGAAGAGCUCCAGAUACAAAUUUCCACAUUCCCGCAAGUCGAUGGAGUACUAGAAGAAGGAAGUUUAUGCGUUGCUGUACACACCAUAGAUAAUUUAUGGUACAGAGCACAGGUACUUGAUGCAGACGAGGACAUUACGACUGUACGUUUUAUUGACUACGGAAAUACCGAUAUCAUUGAUAACAAGUCUGAAAACAUUCGAGGAAUUACGGAUUCAUGGAAAGAAAUUAAGGAGUUCGCAAUUAAAUGUAGAUUAGACGUGAUUCCUGUAGAUUCAGAAGAUUGGAAUGCUACAACAUGUGAAACAUUUGAAAAUUUAAUAACAUCUGUUGAGUUCUUACAGGCAAAGGUAAUUGCCAAUAGUAUUCCAAAACGAGUAGACCUAUUGAUAGAUGGUACAAGUGUCACCGAAAUGUUAGUCAAACAGAAUCUUGGUAUUCACACCGAAGAAGAUUUAAUAAACGAAAUAGUUGAUCUUGAAUUGGAUCCUCGUUCUGCUUUUGUAAGUCAUAUUAACUCUCCAAACGAGUUCUGGGUACAAGAAGAAAAGUCUGUUGGUGAUCUAGAAGUUAUGACUGAUAGAUUUAUCGUAGCAGACAUGUUCCCUAAAGUUGAUGAAAUUACAGAAAAUAUGUUAUGUGUUGCUAAGUAUCCUGAAGAUGACUGCUGGUACAGGGCACGCGUGAUAUCACACAGUGAUAAUGCUACCCGAGUAAUAUAUAUUGAUUAUGGAAAUUCAGCUACCUCAACUGAAAUACGUGCUAUACCUGCAGAUCUAACAAAUGUGCCACCAUUAUCAAGGAAGUGUCGUUUAGUUAUGCCGGAAGGGAUUACGGAAUGGUCAGAAACCGCUUGUGAAGAAUUUGUAAGAUUGGCUGCUGAUGGAGCAACAAUAUUUUUAUUAGACGUAUUAACGGAUGACGAUACAUCAUUGGUGAAAUUAACAUUGAACGAUGAAAAUGUAACAGACAUGCUUGCUAAGUUUUGUCAAUAUCAUCCUCCGAUCACCGAGGAACGUUUACCACCUUUAGGCGAGGAAAAUUCACCGAAUGUAUUUAUUACUCGUGUCAGUUCACUCGAUGAGUUCUAUAUUCAAGCUGAAAGUAGCACUACAGAUUCGAAUAUGAUGUUGGAAAGAUUACAAGCAGCACCUAGUUUUCUCCCAUUGAACACUUUUGAAGUUGGCACUAUCUGUGCUGCGAAAUUUCUUGAUGAUGGUAACUGGUAUAGAGCUAAAAUUCUUUCACAUUCUGGAGACUCUAUCACAGUUCAGUAUAUUGAUUACGGUAAUACGGCAGUUACAAACGAGGCACGACUGCUACCAGUAGAUAUUAUAAACAUACCUGCUUUAUCCAAAUGCUGUGCUCUACAAAAACCGAAGACUGUUAGUUCUUGGCCUCCAGAAGCUCAUAAAACACUUGAAGAACUUUCUGGAGAAGGAGAAACAAUGUUCCAGUUCGAAAUUCUUGAUGAUUCUUCUGAACCAAUUUGUGUUAAGUUGAGUCUUAAUGGAAAUAAUGUUAUUGAUAUGUUAGUUCCAUUGCCUGAAAAUUCAUCUUCCAAUACAUGUAUAACAGAAACAGAAGUUGAUUCCUGCGAAAACGUAAGCGUAGGUGAAAAAGUACAAAGCAAUGAAGAAAAUGAAACUAUAAGCGAAAAGGCAGAUAACGUACGUUCUAAGUCUAUUGUAGAACUUACUGUAGAUGAAAUAAUUCAGAACAUGGAAAGAAAUACUACAGAUAAACCCAAUGGAGAAGCAGAUACUAUUAAUAUCAGUAGUACAGAGUCUCUUAAGGAUAAUGAUAUUAAAGAAAUAACAAAGAAUGUAGAGAAUUUGGAAGCUGAAAACAAUUCAGAGUCAUGUAAAAGUGAUUAUGAAAUACAAGAAAUAAAUGACGAUGCAGACCAUUUGCAUGCAAAGCAAGGUUGUUCUGAAGAAGAAAUUGAUGAACAGAAUAAAAAAAUUGUAAAUGACGAAAAACGGGUAUCAUUAAAUAUACAAGCUUCUAAUUCAGUGGAAGCAAAAAAUGACGUUAACGAUUUUCAAGAAAGGGAAGAUAAUAUCAUAAACUUAGAAACCAAAUAUUAUAAUGACGAUACAAAUAAUACUUCAUCAAAUCUUUUGGAGGAAAUGAGUCUCGUCAAAGACAUUAAUGAAAAAAUAAGAGAUCAUACUGAAGAGUACAAUAUAGAAGGAAGCGAUAAAGUAAAUAUUACUGUAACAGAUGGCAAAACAGUUGAUUCAAAGGUAAAGAGUUUGGGUGAGGAAGAAUCUGCAGAUUCAAAAUCUGUGCGAAAUACAGACACUGACUGUAAGGUUAUCGAUAAACUAGAUGCAGGUACAUCGCGUGAAACAGCAGUUUCUGUAAUCGUUAACCCUGUCCAUGAAGUCAAGGACAUUUUGCAAUCUGAAAAUACUUCUGAAACUGUUGAAUAA